AUGACGUCGCCGCGCACUUUGCUCGGGCCGCUAACCACGACAUGGACGGCGCCGGCAGUAUGCUCGUACUAUAUGGCGCUGGGCUGCUCUACCUGCAACACCGGUUGGCAAGGCCAAACCUGCAACUCAGCCAGCAAUGCACACGACUGGACCGAUUGCUGGCCACCGCGCGCAAGUUCUAUGAUGGACCCUGGCGUCAUGAUGGGCUGGGGCUUUUACUCGCCUGGCAUCGCUUGUCCAGAGGGCUACACGACUGCUGCGAUGGCGACAGAAGGCGGGUCGACUGGUUGGGGUCUCGAGUACGAGCUCACGCAGGGGGAGACGGCGGCCGCUUGUUGCCCGACUGGGUUCACCCCAUCUUCAAUAACCGCUGCUGGGACUUACGCGGCUACGUGUUUGAACGUCGCGACGACGUCUACUUUCUCGACCGUAGCCUGCAGGUCAGGUCAAUUUCAGGACUUCUCUCGCAUCGAGAUACCGAACGGCGACAUCAAGACUUUCACAGUCUUUGCGCCGCUGAUUCAACUGAACUUCCAGUCCUCUGAUCUCCCGGCCACGUCCUCGGCGGCAGAAACAGCGGGAGGUGGCGGGGGAGCAAGCCCUAGCUCGACUGGUCAAUCCCUUCCAUCCAUAACAGGAAUGUCAGGGUCUUCGACUGCGUCAGAUCCUGUGGCAUCCCUGAUUCCUUCCUCCCUCAGAACUUCUGCGACAGCCUUGGGGUCAUCGGGACACAGGGACGAUAACAAGGUCGACGACGAAGAUCAUGGCGGCCUGGCGACCGGCGCCAAGAUCGGAAUCGGCGUUGGGGUUGGCGUGGGGGCGUUUCUUCUCAUAGUAAUAGCGUUUUUGAUAUGGCGAUCAAGACGGAAGGCUAAGAAAGUCGGUGCAGAAGACGAGAAAGGCGCAGGGGGUUUUGGUGGAGGAAUAGGGGGGCUGGGAAGAAAGAAGUCCAAACGUGCUGAGCUUGCUGGUAAUGAGGUGUUGGAGAUGGAGGGCAACAAGACUCAGGAACUACCCGCGACGGCAUUGUCCGUGGGUGAGCCUCGACAACCAGCUGCGAUAUUCGAACUGGAGGCCAGCACCCCCCUAUCAUCGAGGCUACAUACUCCGACCUCGCGGGCAAAUCAUGCAGUUGUCAGUCCAGCGACACCGACGCCACCGGACAAUAACUUGGUCAGCCCGAUUACCCCGACACGGGCGAGCUAUGAGGACCAUGGAAAUAGCCGAGAAACGAGGCUGAGAAACGAGGCUGCGAUACAUGGUUAA